AACAUCGGUGAAUUCAGUGGUAAAAUUCUUGACUGAACUCUAUGUUUAUAUGCGUCGAAAUUAAAGAAUUUUGUGUAGAUUUCGGAUGUUGAAAGUCCUUGUUUAAAAUCUUUUAAGGCAAGGGAGAAAAUCUCUCGUAGAAUCCAACGAUGGCGGACCAAGAAGCCGAGUGUGAACAGUUUAUAGGCGACGAUUCUGAACUCCAUUGUCGGAACAAAGUUAAGCCCUUGGUGGAUAUGUUGACGAGGAAAAACGUUGGCAUGUAUUUACAGUUUAUUUUGUUUGGAAUCGGCUCGGUUCUUCCUAUAUUUGUGAUUUUCGCCGCUGUUGAUUACUUCGAUGACAUUUUUCCUCACAAGCAACCAGAAUUUGCAAUGAACGCGAUCUACAAUCCGCUGCUGUUCUGUGGUUGUUUCGUUAACUUGGUGUGGGGUCGCGCAGCUAGUUUCAAAUGGAGGAUUGUCAGUGGAUUUUCAGUCGUAGUCAUAUGCAUGUUGGGCUUCAUUUUUCUUGAUCAGCUGGAGUUAUGUGGGUCAACAUGUCUUAAGAGCCAUUACUGGUCCGUUCUGUUUCUAGCAGGUAUUCUUGGCUUGGCAGAUGCCGUGUGCCAGUCUACUUUGUUUGGUCUUACUACUCACGCUCUGCCACCAAUAUACACCCACGGACUAAUGGUAAGUUAUCUCGUGGAAAGUGAAGGGGAGUAUGCUGGUCAUAUAGGGUCAAAAUUUUGAAAAGUGAUAUCUUUAUUUUAUAUUGAGAAGCCGUAUCUAUGUUCAAAUUAAGUAUUUGGGUCCAAAUUGCAACAUACGUUUAUAUACAAUUCCCUAGAUAUAUGAAUGUGUGGAAUAUUAAGAUAUAUCUCCAUAUGUCCAACCCUUUGUUGCGUACUUGCACAUGGUCCGAUGUAAACAUGCUACUUUUACGAUAUAAAUAUAAAGUUUGAGGAAACUACGUCAUGUAACUGUUCGUGACUUGACUCGCAUUCAGGGCGGCUUAAUGGUUCCCAACAUUGAUUCUUUCUUCGAUUCUCUGUUGAGAGUUAUCCGAGAAGUGAGAAGUCAUUCAUACGCAACCCUAUUUCACAGAAUGAUGGAAUGACAGAAUACCUUAAACUGCAUGGCAUAGGAAUACCCUAAGUUGUAUGACAGGCAUCUUUGUAGCAUUAACAAACUUGAUACCUGAAAUAUGUUUAAAAAUUUAGCUGUUCAUGGUAACUCUAAAAUAGUUUCAUUUUACUGGCAAUCAAUAGUUUUUCCUUUAUUGUUUGAUUUCUUGCUGUGUCCAACAAAGGCAAGGAGCUGCAUUACUUAAAUAUUUAAAUUACAACUAUCCAUGAAACAAUUGUCACUAACCAUUAAAAAAAGACAGUACACACUGACACAGACAUUGUGGGGUAGUGCAAGACAUACCAUAUAUUAUAACAUUAUAAAAUACUUAUUUAACUCCAAAUGUUAGAUUCCGUUUUUUAUUAUGAUAAAAAAUUAAUUAAUUUUAAAAAAAAUUUAAAAAAAAAGGACAUGGAUAUGCAUCUUGAUAUUCUGGACAUUCAUGUAUUUAGGCAAUUGGAUAUACAUACUGCAAUUUGGAUAUACAUAUUUAAUUUGGACAUAGAUAAUACAACUUGAUAUACAAAUAUCACUUUUCAAAAUUUUGAGCGGCAAGCAUAGAGGUGUGCAGGGUUUGUAUGUAAUGAUUGCUUGAUUGUUCACGGAGUACUGUUUCCUUUCAAUAUGUUACAACACCAAACCAGAGGCAAAUCAAAUCAAGUAAUGUUCAAAUCAAGGAUAAACCUGGCACAACAAGGGCCCAGUUGUUUGAAGGCCAAUUAGUGCUAACCCAGGGUUAAAUUUUAAUCUGGGUCUCUUUAUUCCUUUACUCAAAAGCCUUUUCAUUUUAAUUUUCAGCAUUCUUUUUAAAGCCUCAAAUAGUCAUAUUCUAGACAAAAAGAAUUUGACUGAAUUUUCUUUUAAAGCUUUUAGAUCUGAAAUUAGAUUUCACACUAUCCUUAGGUUAUCUUAAUGCUUUGAACAACCUGGCCUAGAUUGAAAACCUCAGUUUCACACAGACAAGGUAGUUUCUGUUAUCAGACCUAUCAACCCCAGUUUGUUGUGGGGUUAAACCUUACUGGGAAAUAUUUACCAUAUGAAAAAACUGGAGUUUGUAAUUUAACACUCUGAUGAGCCUGUUAGACUUCAUUUGAAGGGAAAGAAACACCAAAGCUAUUCACCAUUCAUUUGAAAACAUAAUGACAGAAUUGGGGAAAAUUAGCCCAAAUCAAGGUAAUUUAGCAAUUGAAUUGCUCUGAUGAAGGGCUAAUGCUCGAAACAUCAGCUUUUAAACUCUUUACAGUGGCCAGUUUGUGUUUGCAACUCAAUUGAUAACACUUACUUACCCUGUAAUGUAAAACAGUUUUAUUCUGCUGAUAAUUAUGCAAGUUGGCUCACUGAGCCCUCAGAUUAAAAUACAAUUUAUUUUUGUGUGGGCUGGUCAACGAUUCUUUCACAUAUGAACCUUUACACUGAUCGUUUUGUUUGUACAUUUCACAAUUUCUGUGGCACAAUUGUAAUGAUUUAUAAAUGGGUAGGUAUUAAAUUAUUAAGGUAUUAAAUUAUUAAGAUAUUAAAAUAGGAACUGUUAUGAUGUGCCCUCAUUAUUCUAAACAAAAAUUAAAUAUUUGUAAUGAAUAUCACAGAGAACUUUUAAAUAAAUGUAAGUUUUUCUGAAAUGUUGUAUAAUAUUUUCUUCUGUUAUUAUCUCCACAGCUUGGUGUAGGCUUAUGUGGCUUCCUUAUGACAUCUUUAAGAGUUUUGACAAAGACUGCUACCAAAAAUCUUCAUGUGUCAAGCUAUUACUACUUUGGGACAGCAGCCAUAUUUACUUUGGUAGUGGUAGCUGUUUACUUUCAUCUCAUUGGAGGUGAUGCAUUUCAACGUUACUACUCCCAAGCUCCAAGAAGUGGUCUUGACACUGACUGGAAACAUCCUUUUCAACGUUUUGCAUUCUUUACAGGUGAAGCACUGAGAGUGUUGCGCUAUAAACAUGUCUUCUGCCACUGUUUUUUGCUUACAUUAGUAACUGCCCAACAGUAUGUUGUGAUACCAUCAGUGGCUGCCAUGGCAACAGACUUCCUUGGUAAUGGUUGGUUCCCUGUGUUGUUAAUUUUAGUAUACAAUGUUGGUGAUGUUAUUGGCCGAGGGCCAUUGGCUUUGUAUUACAUGUAUUCUAUUUGGUGGGCAUGGCUAUCUACUCUUGUUCGUUUCUUUAUUAUUGCUGGCAUCUGUCUUAGUGUACCCCCUCACAGUAUGAGUACAAGGCCUGCCUGGAUGGCAACUUUUGUUGCAGUACUUGGUCUAUCAACUGGUCAUCUGACAACAUCCCUAAUCUCUUACUCUUCAUCUGAAGUACCAGGAAGAGCUAAGGAAACUGUUGGAUACCUAAGUGUGUUAAGCAUGACACUUGGAAUGGCUGGUGGAAGUGCUACCAGUUAUUUCAUGAAAGCCCUCGUGGAUAGGACUGGCUAACUUUAGUCUGCAUGUAUUGCCAUUAGCAGGUUUGAAUGUUGUACUUAAACCACUUAACUCACAGGAUCAGAUUGUUAAUUCUCCUCAUCUAGCUGCCGCACAUUUCCCUGAAAAUUAAUUACAAGAAUGUGGUGUUAGAUCAAGAUUAUUUCUACGUGAUAAGUUUGAGUGUUCUCAUUACCUGAACAUGUUAAUCACUUCUGGGACUUAUAGGGUUAGAGAAUGUUAUUUGUCCUUUCAAUUAUGUAUGAGUCACUAGCAAUAUCAAGUUAUGAGAGAAGCAAAGGAUAUCAAUCUUAGGGAGUAUCAAUGAGUCAAAAACCCAUUAUAGUACAGAACCCCCCAUGGGUUCUUUAGUACAAGUCCUAUGAACAUGCGCAUGUUUGUGGAGGAGGACAAAAAUGAAUUUUAGAGGGAGAAAAGAAAUUUUGACCACUGGAGGGACUACUCCAGGAGUUUAGCGAGAGAGAGUGGUUAAUGUCUGAUUCUUUGCUGAUUAUGAUAGCAGGUUGGUAGAAGGGGAACUUAAAUCCUUUUCUAAGACUAUUCCUCUUUCUUAAGCUUGUAAUGUAGGGUCAGAGCCCUAGUAGAUAUGAUGAAUGUUUAGAAGAAAUAUCUGACAUAGACUGACAUAGGAAAAUAGAAAAACAGUGAUAAUAAGUUAUCAGUUAAACCAGCUGUAUUUUGGAUACAAUUAACUUUAAGAGGGUGCUUUGAAAUAAUUUGUGCAUGAGUUCCAUACAACAUUAAACAAGAGAGAAUUACACCAAAAAAGAGAAUAGUAAUGGGUUAAAAGUUAUCUUAAAGGCUAUCUUAGUUUAAGGAUUACCUAAACCGUAAGCUUUCAGCUUCUAGUCUUAGGAAAUUUUGAAGGGCAAGAUGAAAAAUAGACAUGUUCAAAAUGAAAGUGUUGUUGUGUCGAUCUUAUUAAAAUUUUUCUGACUUUUCUCCUUCCUGUGGAGCCAUCUUCUUAAAAACUCUUCUUUGGUUGUUCAGUUCUUCAGUGAUUGGUGGUCCUGAUUUUCUUUCACGGGGUGGACGUCUAAUUUUGAAGAACCUUGAGACCCAUCCACCAAUUUGUGAGACGGGCUAGAGAAAAUACUUGUGAAAUACUGCACCAAAUUCGUCCGCCUCCUGGUUUGUGACUUGCUUGAAAAUCUUGCAUACCGUCUUUGCCUCAGCCAG